AUGGAUUCCCUUGUUGGAUACGGAAGCGACGACGAUACUGAACCUGAGCGAUACGGAUACCAAGCUUCGGUGGGGAGCAUUCGAAGAAGAGAAGAUGACACUAACUACGAACAAGUCAAUAUGGAUCUGAGUGAGGACUCUCAGGACGUCGAGUCGGAGCCAGAGUUGCCGCAGGUCGAGCCGGGUCACUCGCAUCGCUCAUAUAAAGAAGAUAGGCACAGUUCGGGUGAAACACGCGCGGGCGAGUGCCCCCGUGAGCGCGAUCGGUGCCGUGACCGCGAAGACAGGCGGGACAAGCGACGAGCCUCACCGAGGAGGGACCCGGGCCGCUUCGAUAGAGAACGGAGAGAUGAUAGAUACAGAUCUGAGCGCAACGAGCGGCCUCGUGACCCUCCCCGUCGUGGCUUACUCGGAGACAGACCACAAGAGAAACAGACCACUGAUUCGAAGAUGCCAGCUUUAAUGGACCUCAAACCCUUCGGAGGCGACGCUCCUCCGACCCACUCGUCGCAGGACGCUCGAGACGCAGUAUCGCCGAGAUUUGGUGAGCGCGACCGACGAGACCAUGACCAGGGUCGUGAACCUGGUCGCGCUCGCGACCGCGAUUAUGACCGCCACAAUCGACGCUCGGAGGAUAGACGAUCUUCCGGUCGGGAUAGAGGUCGCGAAAGAUCACGAUCGCGAGGCCACGCCUACCCUCCUCCACACUCGUUCUCCAACGACAGAAGAUCCCCAUCUGGCGACUACAGGCCUUCAUCUUACAAAGUCAACAAGAAGCUAGAAGUAAUGGAAAAAAUGGGUUUACAAAUAAAAACUCCCGACGGAUCGAUGACGACCGCCCAACAGCUGAGAGCGGCCGCCGGAGAUAAUCCUUCAGGACUCCCGAAUUACUGUAACCCUGGCUCGAACCACGCGAGCAAGGUCUUAGACCAGGUGCAGAAACGAAAACUCCUCUGGUCGAACAAGACGAAAAACGCCGAAGAGGAGGCGGCCAAAUGGAGCGGAGCCCGAUUCUCUCAGGACAAUGAUGGGAAACAGGUUUCCAAGUUCAUGCGGCUCAUGGGCAUCAAGGACCCAGCUGCUGUAAAAAGCGAAGUGGCCGAAGGCGCAGACCCCAACAAGAAGCAAGAGGAGCUGUUCCAAGCGAUGCAAGCUCAGUACGAAGUGGCGCGGGCUACCACGCACACCAUGCGCGGUGUCGGCUUAGGGUUUCAGAGAGGACAGUUCUGA